AUGCUGUCGUUGGGAUCUGCUAAAUUGUUGGCACUGGGCACGGCCGGUGCUCUGUUCCUUGGUUACUGCUUCUACUUUGACCGGAAGCGCACUUCGGCGCCCGACUACAAGAAGAAGGUGCACGAGCGUCGCCGUCUGGCCGCAAAGCAGCGGCUGAGUGACGGUGGCCGGGCAGAACUGGGCGGAGCAGCGGCCGGCAACGAAGAGGCCGACCAGCUGGAGAUGCAGCUGCGCUUCUUGGACGAGGUGCAGAGGGGCGAGGGCCUUAUCAAGGAGGGUCGCGUGGACGAGGGCCUCACGCACCUGUGCACCGCCAUAAUGCUGUGCGCCAAUCCGGGCUCCCUCCUGGAGAUGCUGCAGGCCAAUCUGCCAGAGUCGCUGUUCCGUCCGCUGAUGAUGCGGCUGACCGAGAUGAGUCCGCGCGACAGCAGCAGCGAGGCUUCCAGUGAGUCCACCGACCAGCUCAGCAGCAGCAGCAGCAGUGCCACCACUAGCACCAGUUGCAUCGCCACCAGUCAGCCCGAUGCCCCAGAAGAGCCCCACUUCUAG